AUGGAUGUCCACAAUGUUUUUCUCCAUGGGGACCUUACAGAAACUGUUUACAUGAAACAACCUGCAGGCUUUGUGGAUGAAGAACAUCAUGAUCAUGUAUGGCUACUGCAAAAAUCACUCUAUGGACUUAAACAAACUCCAAGAGCAUGGUUUGAUAAGUUCAGCAAUUUUUUGCUUGAAUUUGGUUUCUUUUGCAGCAUUCAUGAUCCUUCUCUCUUCAUUUGUGCUAAAAAUGGGGAUGUUAUCUUCCUGUUGCUUUAUGUUGAUGACAUGGUCAUCACAGGAAAUUCCUCCAGCCUCCUCAACAGCCUUCUUGAAGAGCUCAACAAACGUUUUCGAAUGAAGGAUCUCGGUCAACUGCAUUAUUUUCUCGGGAUUCAGGCUCAAUUUCACUCGGGUGGCCUGUUUCUUUCUCAACAGAAAUAUGCGGAAGACCUUCUUAUUGCUGCAGCUAUGUCAAAUUGUUCUUCUGUUGCUACACCGCUACCACAACAACUCAACAAAGCUCCACAUCAAGAUCGACUCUUUGAGAAUCCCAAAUACUUCUGCAGUCUUGCUGGCAAACUGCAAUAUCUGACUCUUACAAGACCAGAUAUUCAGUUUUCUGUCAAUUAUGUGUGUCAAAAGAUGCAUGCCCCUAUUGUCUCUGAUUUUCAACAUCUCAAACGUAUACUUCGCUACAUAAAGGGUACUACUACAAUGGGUAUUUCUUUCAGCAACACCACAAACUGCAAGAUGAUAGUGUUUAGUGAUAGUGACUAUAGCGGCUGCAACAAAACAAGUCGUUCCACUGGUGGUUUUUGUACAUUCCUUGGUGAUAACAUCAUCUCCUGGUCUUCUCGCAAACAACCUACGGUCUCCAAAAGCUCUACAGAAGCCGAGUACCGAGCUAUGUCCGAAGCUACUUCCGAGAUCACCUGGAUUGUGAAUCUUCUUUGCAGUCUUGGUGUCCCUCAGUUUGAAACACCUGAGUUGUUCUGCGACAAUCUCUCCGUUGUGUACCUCACUGCAAAUCCAAGUUUUCAUGCUCGCAUAAAGCACUUCGCUAACCAUUAUCAUUAUGUUCGUGAGCAAGUGGCUUUUGGCAAUCUCAUUGUCAAUCACAUCUCUGCAGAUUACCAUAUUGCUGAUGUCUUCACCAAGUCACUUUCGCAGGGUCUUUUUGAGGAAUUGCGAUUCAAACUUGGAGUCGUUGUUUGCGGGGGCAUAUAA